UGAUUUGUGAAAUAAUUAAUGAAAGUAGUUACAUGUAACUGUAACUACUUACUGUAAUGUAACAUGUAACUAUACCACCAACAACAAAUGUUGUCUGCUAAAAGAGUGCGCAUAAUGGCUGGCUGACAAUCGACCCAGUAUCAACGCAGGUGCUCUAUAAUGGAUGAGUCUUUGGUUCUGAAGAAGUGCGGCUACAUAUUAGGAAAUACGUUAGGGGACGGAUCAUAUGGAAAAGUCAAGUCCGCCUAUUCUGAAAGCCUAAAGUCAAACGUAGCGGUCAAAAUUAUUAAUAGAAAAAAGGCAGCCGCUGAUUUUUUGGAAAAAUUCUUGCCACGAGAACUGGAAAUCCAAGCAAGUUUGUGCCAUCCAAAUGUCGUGAAAAUCUUCAAAAUUUUCGAAACGUCAGAUGGAAAAGUAUUCAUCGUCAUGGAGCUCGGCGUACGAGGUGAUCUACUGGAGUACGUCAAAAGCCGGGGCGCAUUGGCAGAAGAUUUCGCUAGAAAACUUUUUCGGCAGUUGUCGAUGGCAAUUAAAUUCAUUCACGCCCAAGACAUCGUCCAUCGGGAUUUGAAGUGCGAGAAUCUACUCCUGGACAAAGACUUCAAUUUGAAAGUGUCAGACUUUGGAUUCACGCGACGGAUUAUUUAUGAUGACACCGGCAAAAUGGAACUGAGCAAAACGUUCUGUGGCUCUGCCGCUUAUGCAGCACCUGAGGUUUUGCAGGGCAUACCGUACAACCCCAAAAUGUAUGACGUGUGGAGCAUGGGCGUGAUUUUGUUUGUUAUGAUGUGCGGAGCUAUGCCUUAUGAUGACUCAAAUAUCAAAAGAAUGCUCCGGAUACAGAAGGAGCAUCGAGUGGACUUCCCUCGCUCCAAACAAGUCCCAGGAGAAUGCAAAGACAUCAUCUACAAGAUGCUCCACCCAGAUGUCAAGAGACGACUUGACAUUGGCUCCAUCCUUGACCAUCAGUGGCUGCAAGGAAAGACAGGGGAAGUCAACCGCAGACACCAUGAUGAGCCGUCCACGUCUAAAGCAGCCUCCAGCAGCAAAGACGACAAGAAACACGCAAAAGUGGACGCAGAUGUCCCUCUGGACCCUGGCAAAGAGGACCUGGCUGGAGGCUCCUCAUCCAGGAGAGACCCAGCCUCUGUGACUUGAUGACCGGGGUUUGCCAUGAGAGGACGAGGGAGAGGCAGGCCGGCCCUCAGGAGUCUCAAAUGAAUUCGGCGUCACAUCUGAAACAAGCCAUACUCAUCAACCGACACUGAAAAAUGAAACAUCUGACCCACACCCGCAGAACUCAUCAAGCGGCACUGAAUGAGACAAGGUCAGCUUUACACAGCUGAUGUGGAAGUGUUCAAGCAUUCUUCUAACCAGGAAAUAAAUCGAACCCUGUGGUGUAUGAGUUUUCA